CCUCGGCUUCCCAGAGUGCUAGGAUUACGGGCGUGAGCCACCGCGCCGGCCUACGGUGACUUUUUUAAAGCAUUAUCACCAGGGACACCUUUCACACCAACCUCCCAUUUCCAAAGUAUAACUUGGACCGUGUUACCGUCAGAGGCUGCACUAUCUCCAGAAAUCAAUACUGUUUUAGAAAUUCUCUCUGUGCCCCAGUUUCCUCACUGAAGUACUCAAACCUACUUCCUACAAUCGUCCUGAUAAUAAGUUAAAGCACGUGAAAGAACUUAGAACAGUGUGCCCCAGUUUCCUCACUGAAGUACUCAAACCUACUUCCUACAAUCGUCCUGAUAAUAAGUUAAAGCACGUGAAAGAACUUAGAACAGUGCCCGGCCCAUAGUAGUUUCUUAAUAUGUUGUAGUUAUUUUAUUAUUAGGCAAAGGUUUCUGAGAAGAAGUGAUGUUUCAUCCUAGGCCCAAAAGAAAAGAAUUUAGUCAAGGAGUAAGGAGGUGGGGAAGAAUUUGCUUGGCAAAGAGAACAACUUGUGCAAGUACCAGAAGGGGAUGAAAGAGCUUGGCAAUGUGCUGGAUGUUAAGUAAUUCAGUGUGGCUGGAACAAAACAUAAGUAGUAUGGAGACAUUAAAUAGUUCAAUAUGCCUCCUGCAAAAAUCUGGGGUGGAGAAGUUAAAGGAAAAGGGACUUAUAAAUGUCAUUAGACACUUCCUUUUUCCUUAAGGCAGAGAUGGCUUCACCACAGGAAAUCCAGGUGACUUCCAACCCAAGGGACACCAUUCUCAUUCACAGUUAUGUGAAUGAUGCUCCCCCCUCCCCCCAACCUUGUUUAUGCAACACAGAAGGAAUCCCUUGGAGUUGAAAGCCAGAAUUCCUGAAAAGCUCCACUGAAAAUUAAAAGAAGAUUGUAUCCAUUUUUAAUGGAAGUUCAGAUGAUACUUAUUAGUUGGAAAUGUGACACUCAUUAUUUCCUUUUUCUUUUCCACCAGAGACUUGGAUUUAUUGUGUCACCUCGUAACUAUGCCCCUCAAAGUCUGUAAUGGUAUUCAGGUGGGAUCCAUUGUCAAAUCAAUGUGUGCUAGUUUAUGUAGUUCAUUAUCAAUUUUAUUAGAAGUCAUCGAAAAUACAAAGUCCAGAGGAUGGUGCAAAACACUUAUUUUUCCCUUGUGAAGUUCAGUCCAUAUCCAGUGAGCCUUGGAUGGCAUUCUACAAUCCCAUGUUGCCUGGUUUUCCUCUCAUACAGAUCCAGUACCCUCCACUGGUGUCUAGCUUGGUCUUUAAGGCAGCUCAGACCUUAGAGACUUCAAAAGAGAGAACUUUCUCUAAUUAACUUGAAUAUUAAUUGUCUCUAUUAGCAUGCUAAGAGAACCUCCCUCCCCAAAGCAGGAGUGAGGAUAGAAAAGAAUGAGGAUAGCUCUUUCAUUCCACAGUAUUUUGUACUUAUCCAACAAUAUGAAGAAGUUGUGGUUCUUUUGAGUUGCAUUUACAAUACAAAUAUCAGCCAUGGCAGAGUGACCUAGCUAUCCCUCAGUCCUUUUUUCUCCAAAUGAAAGUAAAGCUAUUCUGUUUGCUUUAAUUUGCCUCCUCUUUUGCAACCGUAUUUAAUCAUUUUGCAAAUUUGCUUUAGAGAAGAACCAGACUAGCUUGUCAGGCAAGGAUGGCAGCUUCCAUUAUUGUCAUUUCUUUCUUUGACUUGCUAGUGUGAUUUAAAAAAAUAAUUGAAUUACAAAUAUAUUUUAAAUAAGUGUUUAUUUUUAAAAUCUCACAGAGUAAGCUAUAAUUUGCAAUAUAAAAGAUCAUGUACUAUGUCUAAAUGUAAGUUCUGCAUUAGACACCUGUGACUAUUGAUAUAUGAAAAUGACCUGAUUCUGUACAAGAAUAUAGAAUGAUCUGCCACUGUCUGCAAAAUACCAACUAUCUUGGGCUGGCUAGUAAAGCACCUUAUAAUUUUUGCUCAAUGCUGUGGGUCUAUUUUUUGGUUUGGGAUUUGUUGUUCAUCUCUUCCUGAUCUCUCUUUAUUCAUUUUGUCAGAGUAUAUAUAAAAGCCCUACUAUGUGCCAAUUCUAUGGGAAUGCAGUGGUGAAUGAGAUGGACACAGUUUCUGUCCUCAAUGAGAUUAUAGUCAACUGGGAAAUACAAAAAAGUAAAACACUGUGAAAGUGGAGUAGAAUUAGAAACUUAGUAUUGUUCUGUGUGAAUCCAUAUAUGGAUUAGAGUUCAGAAUGGGAAGGACCUACAAUAUCCAGUGUUUCAUAAAAUCUGUACCCACGUUAACCCUGGGCUGUUUCUAGCACUAAGGUUUAUGCAGGCAUUGUGACUUAAAGAAUUUGUGGCCUGCUCUGUGAGUUUGGAUCUACUCUCAAGAGGACCAGGAGAAGGGUCUGUGUGCUCAGGUCCAAACCAGACCCAAUCAGGCAAACAGGGGAAAAUACCUUUACAAUGGAAACUGAGGGAAGGAGAACUAAAUCACCCUUUUAUUUCAUUAAAACAUUUUUUUGACACCAUAUCCUCCCAAAUCCCAUUGUAAUGAUAGUAAAGGUAUCUUCAAAUGGGUCAUGCUGUCAUGUUUUUAAUGUCUAAGAACUCAUUUUGUUCUUUAAUGUUCCUUUUUUAUGGUAUCCUAAUCUUGCUUCGUGGUUACAAUAUCUUCCUUUCUCUUUAUGAGUAUAUUGAUGAAGGUUAUUCUUUUUGGGGCAAGGGAGAAGAAUAACUUCCACUUUGUGUAACCACUAUUCCAAGUUUUUUGGUUUUUUCUGAAUGUUUUGGUCCUUAUCUUCCAUGUUAAAGGCCUUCCUUAGGUGUCUGGUAAUUCAUUGUUUGGGGAGGGUAGAUCUUUGGAAUUUCUGUUUUGGACAUAGUAAGUUUUUAAACAUACUAAUUAGAUAUACAAGUGAAGAUUUUGAAUAAGGCAAUUAGAAGUACAAUUUUGUGCUUAGGAGAGAUUUCUAGGGAAUUAAAUGUAGGUGUGUUGGUAUAUAUAAUUGAUAUCCCAAUGUAAAUAAGUUGGUGAGAUUGCCUUGUAAGUGAAUGUAGGUAGGAAAGAGGUCUGAGGCCUGAAUGCUGGGGCACUCCAACAUUCAAGAAGAGAGGUUCCCAUUGAAGAGAUAAAUUUGGAAGCUGGCAGUAGAGAAAUGGCAUUUGAAGUGAUGACUUUAACCUUGUGAAGAAAAUGUAGGAAAUUAUAGUUUUCCACGGUAACUUGAAAUAGCCAAGUUGUGCAAGUGAAGAGCCUGCUGAAUUCUGUAUCUUUGAAAGGAACACAGGUAAGUACUUUCCUCAUUCUCUCUUUAACUGCUAAAAUAGUCAUAAAACAACCCAGAGAUUUUCAACCAAGGACCAUUUUGCCCUUCCCUGACCAGGGGACAUUUGCCAAUGUUGAGGACAUUUUGUCUUCAGGACUGGGAAGGCUCUACUGACAUCUAGUGGGUGGAGGCCAGACAUACUGCUAAGUGGCCUGCAGGGCACAGGUCCGCUGCUCCUAACAGUCUUUCAGCCCAAAAUGUCAAUAGUGUUGAGGUUGAGAAACAUUGACAUAACCUACCAGUACUAAUUUUUUCUCCCUUCUAUUUGUCACAAGGUGAGGGCAAAAACUCUAAAGGUUUUAAUAUUUGAGAAUGUCAAAUGUUUGUGACCUAAGUUACAUAAGUACUGAUAAUAGUGUGAAAUUUGACCAGAAAGGUUUUUUUUUUUUCCUCCAAAUCUUUGUCACUAUGUUUAUUCCUUCUUGGUGAAAAUGUGAGCCCAUUUAUAGGACUGAGUACAAAACCACAAACACAAAUUGUCCUUUUGUGGCCAACAUUUUUAAACCUGCAUGAGAAGAAUUGACACAAUGCUAAGUAUGCCCUUCAAAUACAGUACUUUUUAUCCUUCAGAUGAUGAAGAAAAUUUUGCUGAGACAAUUGGCCAAAAACUAAAACACAGGUAUGUUGUCUCAGCACCAAAAGAGUUCUAUGUUGGAGCCUCUGAAAAUGUAGUAGUUCAAGUUUAUGGAUACACAGAAUCAUUUGCUGUGACUAUUGCUAUUAAAAGUUAUCCUGAAAAAAGUUUUACGUAUUCUUUUGGCCAAGUUACUGUAUCUCCAGAAAAUAAAUUCCACAAUUCUUCAAGCUUAACUAUACAGCCAAAAGAUUUAUCUGGAGGGCCAAAUGCAGUUUCACAUGUAUAUUUAGAAGUCAUGUCUGUCCAUUUUUCAAAAUCAAUGAAAGUUCCACUACGCUAUGACAAUGGAUUUCUUUUCAUUCAGACAGACAGAUCUGCUUAUACCUCAGAACAGACAGUUAAAGUUAGAGUUUAUUCACUGGAUGAAGACCUAAAGCCAUCUCAAAAAGAAGUUACCUUAACCUUUAUAGAUCCAGAAGGGUCAGAAAUUGCCAUCGUAGGGGGAAAAAAUUAUACUGGAAUUAUUACUUUUCCUGACUUCGAGAUUCCAUCUAAUCCUAAAUACGGUUUGUGGACAAUUAAAGCAAAAUACAAAGAGGACUUCACAACAACAGGAACUGCAUAUUUUGAAAUUAAAAGCCAUGGUUUACAUUUGGUGCAACCACACUUUUCUGUCUCAAUAGAACCAGAAAAUUAUUUCAUUAGCCAUAAACACUUUGAGGACUUCAAGAUUACUAUAAAAGCUAGAUAUUCUUAUAAUAAGAAUGUAACUGAGGCUGAAGUGGCUGUCUUUUUUGGAAUAAAGAAAGAUUUAAAUGAUAGUAGGAAAGAAAGGAUGCAUAAAGCAACACAAAAGACACAGCUGGUUGAUGGAGUUGCACAAAUCAAUUUUAAUACUUUAAAGGCAAUUAAAAACCUGUCAUAUAAAAGUCUAGAAGACUUAAAUAACAAGUACCUUAGUAUUUUUGUGAAAGUACAAGUAAGUACAGGUGGAUUCUUCAAAGAAACCAAAGUAAUUGAUGUCAAAUACGUCCUCUUUCCCUACAAACUGAAUUUGGUUGCUACACCUCUUUUCCUGAAGCCGGGGAUUCCAUAUUCCAUCAAGGUGCAAGUGAAGGAUGUCUUUGCCCAUUUUGUAGGAGGGAUUGCAAUAACCUUGAAAGCAAAAACAGUUAACAAAACUCAGGAGAAAACAGAUGUCGAUCUAAGGAAAGGUACAACAGAUUAUCAUAAUGGAGUAGCUUCAUUUGUGGUUAACAUUCCUACUGAUGUGACAGCACUAGAGUUUCACGUUAGAACUGAUGACCCAGACCUUCCGGAAGAAUAUCAGGCCAGCAGUGACUAUCAAGCAGUGACCUACUCAUCACCCAGCCAAAGCUUCCUUUCCCUUAGCUGGACAGACAAUUAUAAGAGUUUACUUGUGGGAGAACAUCUAAGUAUAACUAUCACACCUAAAAGUCCGUAUGUUGACAAAAUUACACACUACAACUACUUGAUUUCAUCUAAGGGGAAAAUUGUACACUUUGGCACAGAGAAGAAACUCCCAGGUUCAUCUUACCAGCAUUUAAAUGUUUCCGUAACUCAGCACAUGGUUCCUUCGGCCCAUCUCUUGGUUUAUUACAUCAUCAUAGGAGAACAGACAGAAUUAGUGUCUGAUUCAGUCUGCCUAAAUGUUGAAGAAAAGUGUGGCAACCGGCUCCAGAUCCAUCUGUCUCCAAAUAAAGAUGUACAUUCUCCAGGUGAAGCUAUAUCUCUUAUUAUGGAAACUCAAUCAGAAUCGUGGGUAGCAUUAACAGCAGUGGACAGUGUUAUAUAUGGCAUCCAAGGAAGGAGCAAAAAUCCCAUGGAAAGAGUGUUUCAAGCUUUAGAUAAAAGUGACCAGAGCUAUGGAGCAGGUGGUGGCCGGAACAACGCUGAAGUGUUCUACUUGGCAGGACUCACUGUCAUCACCAAUGCAAAUGCAGAGGACUUGCAACAAAAUGAUGGAUCAUUUAAGAAAAUUCGCAGAUCAAGAAGAGAAUGGAAAGAGAAAAUAGACAAUCUAGCUUCCCUAUUCAAACACCCUGUGGUCCAGAAGUGCUGUUAUGAUGGAGCCCAUCAAAGUGAGGACAGCUGCCAACAGAGAGUUGCGCGGGUUACCAUUGGCCCAAGGUGUUCCAACGCUUUCUUUCAGUGCUGUAUCCUGGCAUGUGAGCUGAGGAACAAGACUUCUUACAAAGAUGCAGACAUGGGCAGAAUGGGUUUACCAAACAUGCAACGAGUUGAAAGCAGCAAUUUUUUAGAAAACUGGUUAUGGGAAGUAUAUCAUGUACCUAAAAGGCAUCAGCUGGUGUUUUUGCUACCUGAUGUUGUAAAUACUUGGGAAAUUCAAGGUGUUGGCAUUUCAGAUAAAGGUCUGUGUAUUGCUGAUAUGCUGCAGUUACAGGUAUAUAAAGACCUGGUUAUGAAUUAUAAUAUUAUAAGAGUCAAUUAAAAAGGACACUUUCCAACAUCAGAACUCUAGAAAUCCUCGUAAGUAGAGCUGAAUUUUAGCUGUCCACAUUGCUGCCCUUGAACUUCGGUACAGCUAAGUCUCAAGUCUCCCAAGGAAAUGGAAAUUGCAUGGGACUUCCAAGAAAGCUACUCAAAGAGAGUUGAUUCAACAGGGAGGUGUCUCUUUUUUGCCCUCUUUUUGUAGCCCUCAACUCAGAAACAACGGUUGGCAUUCCAGCAGCUCUCUUGGACUAUUAAAUAACGCAGAAGAUGACAAUCAGGUGCUAGGAUAGUGAAACAAAAUUAUAAUAGCCCCUGCCUCUGAUGAUAUGUGGAGCCACCGUUCUAGACCUUGACUGCUCACCACUAGAUUUCUUUUACAUGAAAGAGAGAUGAAUAUUUAUCUCAUUUAAGAAACAGUUAUUUUGAUUGUUAUGUAAAGUAUAAUCUAAUUUUGAUUAAUACAAAUUCAUUUUAAGACUCUUUUUAUUGGUUCUAGGAAGUAAAAUAUGUGAGCAUGAGUUUAUUAAAUGCAUUUGGUUUGCUAUUCCCAAUCCCAGCUUCAUUUCAUCUUUCCAACUCUUAACUUUGUCCUGCUUUCUUCACCCACCUAUCUUAAAUAUUGUCUUGUAUUCAUUUUCUUUAAUUACAUAAGCAAUACAUCAACCUGUACUUGUAAAAAAUUUAGACAAUACUUCUAUAUGUAGAUUAUACAUAUUUUCUUUCUCAUUAGCAUGCUUUUUCCCAUCCAUGGAACCAGGCCAAUCUGCACAAUGCCAGCCCACAGAAAUCCAGGUCACCAAAGAGCCGGUUUGUCCAAGGAUCAACUGCUGAAUGUCCACCUCACUGACUAUGCCAAAGUUAUGGAUUGGAAUGUAGACCAGCUUUAUUAAGAAUCUUUUUGACAUCUUUGAUAGAAAUAUUUCUAUGUGGAUUUUUCAGUCUAUACUAAUUGAACCCUAUUUAUUUAAAAUU